GUAACGUUAGGUCUACUAUGGGGCUGUGUCGAUAAAAUGACCUUUAUUGUGGAUUUAUUAUAAAUGUAUAUAAUGUAACUUACGUUACAUGUUACAUACGACGUGUCACCCGCGCGGUUUGAAAUUCAAAUUUCUCUUGGAUCUAGCAGCUAACGUAUGAUGAUAGGCUUUCUAUGCUUUGCCACGAGAAUGGUUUUAUUCGUUUUUUAACGUUUAGCCAACAAUAAACUUGUAAAAUAAUUGCCCCCUUCUCGGUUUUACCUCAUUACUCCUAUGUAAAAAACCCAUGUAACGUUAGGCUACUUUGAAAACAGCGCAGACAGGUAACUAACUUACAGCCUAGCCUACUAAUCGUUCUGAUGGUAAUGUAAAAACAGUAGCAGCUACACGAUGAUUACAAUCAAAAUUACAGUACAUUAUUUCAAAUAUCAACCUCGACAAGCGUCAUGUAACGACAAGUGCAGUUACCAUCGCCUUAAUUGCAUAAUAACCUAAAUGUAAGUUAGCAGCUAACUGUUUGUGUUAGCUCUUACAAAUGAGAUUAACUUGUUUGCGCUUUCAGCUCGUGCCUUGCUUUGAAAAUGAUGUCAAAAUAAUUGUUUAGCCACCAGAAGUAUUCAGUUGUGUAUUGUAGUUGGUUUUCAGAGCUGCAAUAUCAACAUGCCUAUGAUGGAGAAAGCAGUUUGGGUGAUUCUGCUAAUGAGGUCAUUGAUUGCACUCAGUAAGUCGACUAAACUGAACGUCCCCAAGCUGCUGUUACCUCUCAGCGUUCAUGUGCCUGUAAACAUCACACUGACAGUACAGAGAGGAUGCUACAAAUGGGUGUCCUCUAAGCCUGAGAUUGUCAGGGUGCAUCCUCUUUCUGCACUCAGCCCUCCGGCUCCGCUGCCCCUCUCUUCCUGCAGUCAGCAGUGCUUGGUGUCAGCUCUGUCCCUUUCUGUCCCUAUUCGUAGUGUGGUCCAAGCACAAGACCCUGUGACAGGUCAUAUUUUGCGCUGUGAUGUCAUCAUUGAUCGGAUUGAAAGGAUUAAGAUCGUCACGACUGCUCGACAGCUUUUUACCGACAACCCCCCACUGCAGUUAUCUGUCCAGGCAUUUGACUCUGAAGGAAAUACUUUUAGCUGUCUGGCUGGUUUGAAAUUUAAUUGGUGGCUGGCGAAGGAGUCUGAUGCAAUACAGGCAGUGAGGUUUGUGCGGCAUCACGAUGCCGGGUACGUCCCCCCACCUCAUAUCCUGUCUCUAGAGGAAGUUGGUCAGAGGGAUGAGACUGUCCUGCUGUACUGGAUUCACAGUGGUUCAGCACUUAUAGAAGCUUCUUUUCUACACUCAGAACAUAUGCAUGUAGAAGCAGCCAGUGUGACUUUGUUUGUGAUAGACAGACUACACCUGAGUCCAGCUGGAGAUACAUACCUGCUACAGGGAUCCACAAUCAGAUACAGUCUGUGGAACACGGAGCAUGGAGGAGAGACUGAGGUCACUCUCUCUGAGGAGGGAUACGGCCUGGUUGUGGAUGGAUGCAGGGGCAGGAUGUACCAACAUGACAUCAUCUGUGUUGAGCGUGAAACAGCAACAGUCACCGCCCUCAAGCCGGGUCAUGCGAUACUAUCAGUUGAACACAACAAUCUGCCCCCUGAAAUAAUGUCGCAACUCCCUCGCACUUCUGUAUAUGUGGUGAAGCCCAGCUAUAUGACAUUGAGUGUUGAGGAGGAAGAGGACAGGUGGGUGUUGGAGACAGGGCGGAGGUAUUAUUUGACUGUCCGUAUCCAUGACAGCGAGGGCCAUGUGGUUCACCUGUCACAGAAUGUGGUGAUUGCUGUGGAGGAGACUGAGGGGUUAGUGACACUCGAGUCUUUGUCUGAUCCAUCCUGCCAUCUCCUGCAGACCAUCAUGAAAGGAAAGACUUUAAUACAGGCCUCACUUUAUAGCAUCGUCUCUGAGGAUGGUGAAGAGUGGCCUGUCAUCCCACCAAUCAGAGUGCGACAGGAAGUCGAAAUCUACAACCCUCUAACCCUUCAGCCCUCUGUGAUUGUGUUUCCGUGGCAAACCAACAAUAAGCUGUAUCAGCACAAAAUUCAGGUGGAGGGAGGAAGUGGCUCUGUGAAAUGGGAAGUGUCUGAUAGUGGAAUUGCCACAGUUACAGUAAAAGGGGUGGUCCUAGUAUUAAAGAGGAGGGGCCAGGCAGAAAGAUUCCAAAAACAUCCUACAUAAAGUAGUUGGGAAGGUGAUGGUUGUAAGGCCUGGCCGUUUGCAGCUAAUUCCUCAGAGGCGAUUGUCAUGUGGCGGACAGGAUUGAUAUACCCUUGGCUCUUUGGGGCAUUCAGGAGGCACCAAACACCUGCUCUCAGACACGUUAUGUAUUUGAUACACAUUCAAACACUCACAGGAGCACCAGUACAAAUUCUCUGGCAAACUUCUUUGAUACAAAAAAUCCUGAAUGUGGAGAAUCUCUACUGGAGGACAGAAAUCUUGUGGCCAUCACAGACUGCUCUCAACUCUCUGGACGUUCACACUGAACCUUCCGGCAUCUUUACACACAUGUCAGGAUCAUUGCCUCCAGGUUCUGAAUUCUGUGGAGGGGUCCGAAUGGAGGCUCUUUCACAAGGACACGCUGUUGUUACCAUCACAGUGGUAACAGAGGCAUGCAACAUCAUCAGUGAGACGACAACACUGGUGGCCUACAGCCCUCUUAAAGUAUGCUGUUUGUGUGUGCGCGUAUGAUUUGUGUCGCUUGUGCCUGAGGUUCUUCUCUCGGUGGGCUCAUCUCAUGUGGUUAUAUUCAAGGGGGGGCCUCAGCCC